AUGUCCUCGUUCUUCGAGCGCGACGGCUCCCAUGAAGACUUACUCGCAGCAUCCCCCGAGGCCAAGGAGCCGCCCGCGCGGCUCCCCAGGCGUCGACUGACACCAGCCAGCAUUCUACCGUGGUUCAUCCUUGGUUUCUUGCUCGUUCUGUCCCUCUGGUUGAUCACGUUGACUCGGGAGCAUUCUAACCAACAAUGUGCCAGACGCCUGUCGACACCAUCACCUGCGCUCGAGGCCGUCGAGUAUCAUUCAACCCUUUUCAACGGCUCGUUGACAUAUCCUUCGGAAUAUCGUGGGGUCCCGACUUCAGAGAUCGACGCUGCCUGGGAUAGGAUUUCCACGGUAGUUGCGUUUCCUAUCACGGAGGAUGAACUUUCGAACACAGGCAAACCAGCAAGGCCAUCGCUCGCCAAAUUCGUGGAUGGCAAGGGAUAUGCAGCCGAGCUGGAGGUCGUACAUCAAUUGCAUUGCCUGAACAUGUUGCGCAAGUUCACCUAUCCCGAGUACUAUCCACGUGGCGAGGACGAUCCUGACUUGUACAGGCAUCACAUUGAUCACUGCAUCGAGAUGCUGCGACAGCAGAUCAUGUGUGCCGGCGACGUUGGGCUCAUAACGUUCGACUGGGUUGAGGGUCACUCUGCGCCGUAUCCCGACUUCAACGUUUGGCAUCAAUGUCGAGACUUUGGGAAGAUCCAGGCCUGGCAUGAGGAGCGCGCUGAAGGCACGCCCGUGGGGCUAGCUGGACCGACAGAUCGCCUGAAGGAAGCGCCAUGA